AAUAACGGUGCAGACAUUUGAUGCCUAAUUUGGUUUACUGGGCGGGGAGCUGCACUUUUGAGCUGCUGGUGAAGUCAGGGAGCCGAGGAGUCGCGAUCUACGAUUCUCUGGCGCUGGAUGUCCCUCAGAAACGAGACAGUCAUUAUCCACUCCAAGGACCAGAAAGUUUUCUCUGCCUUCUCUGAGGAGCUGACGGUAUAAAUCCGAGGAAGUGACUCCCAACAGGAAGAGGCUCGUAUCUCACAGGAACCAUUUCAGCUUCUCACAUCUCCUAAUACAUCAUGGCCGUAGUCCUCCACUCCAGCCCCCUGCUAUGGACGCGGUUGGCAGCCCUGAUCUUCGCCUGCGUGGCCUUCUCCUUGGCCGUGCACGGAGGCAGAGUCCACCACGGCACCGGAGACUGGUGCAUCUUCUGCUGGGCCUUCAGUUUCGCCGGGAGUCUGCUCGUCCUCCUGGUGGAGCUCUUCGGCCUUCAGGCCAGAGCUCCCAUUUCCUGGAAGAACUUCCCGAUCACCUUCGCCUGCUACGCCGCGCUGCUCUGCCUGUCCGCCUCCAUCAUCUUCCCCCUCUACUUCCUCAAGGGCUCCUCGGGCCAAGGUGAAGUCGGCACCUACCGCAUCGUCUCGACCGUCUUCUCCUGCCUGGCCACCAUCGCCUACAUCACCGAGGUGAGCAUCAGCAAGGCGCGUCCAGGCGAGGUGGCCGGCUACAUGGCCACGGCCCCCGGCCUGCUGAAGGUCUGCGAGACCUUUGUGGCCUGCAUCAUCUUCGUCUUCAUCAGCGACCCCGUGGUGUACGACCGGAACCACGCGCUCAAGUACUGCAUGUCCGUCUACUGCAUCUGCUUCAUCCUGUCGGCGGCCAUCAUCCUGCUCUGCAUAGGCGAGUGCACCGGCUGCCUCCCUUUCCCCUUUGCGCGCUUCCUGUCCGGCUACGCCCUGCUGGCCGUGGUCCUCUACCUGUCGGCGACCAUCGUCUGGCCCAUCUUCAACUUUGAUCCCAAGAACGGCGGGGCAAAAAACAGGCCCCACUUCUGCAACACGGAGGUGGGACUGUGCGAUUGGGAUAAGCUCAUGGCGGUGGCCGUGCUCACGGGUGUCAACUUCAUCCUUUACCUGGCCGACCUGAUCUACUCCACCCGCCUGGUGUUUGUCAGCGCUUGAGGGACGAGAAAAAAAAGGGUGUUAGGCCAGCAGUAUGCUCCAAAUAAAAAUAAAAAAAAUUUCAUUUGGCAGGUUCUCAAAAGGCUGUCGAAUUGCUGUCAAAUACGACGGUGCGAGCAAAUGCUAGUGUAAUCACUGCGACUCCGGUCUUGUUUAAACGGCAUCCGCAUGACGGAGCUUGUGGGUCAUCGAUGGCAGCCGCCUGUGCAGUUAGACCACAACGGGUAUAGUUUAUCAUAUAGUUAUCUAGUGUGACUUCAUUUAGAAAUUUGAAUAUUUAAGGAUUAGAUUUUUUUAGCAUUGUAGUGGUACAAAAUAAAUAGUGGGAGAAGUAGAAGGGGCCAAAGAGGAGAUAAUGUAAUGGGGGGCAGUGGACUUGUCUUUUUUAAAGUCAAACCCAUGUGUAAUUUUGCCUUUGCAAAACCUGCCAAAUUUAAUUUUGUUUAAAGUGUACUGCUUAGGAACUUAGAGAGAGAGAAGAGGGAGGGGUUGAGGUCGAUGGCUAUGUUUACACGUACAACAAUAUUCCUUUAAAUUACCGAGGCUCUCUGUUCAUGUGUUGAAGCAUUUAUCAAAGUCAAACCUUGCAUUCAAGUGACCUGGAUAGUCUUUAAUCUUGAUUAUGAGAGAUCUGAACGUGAUUGCUGGAUCAUUUUCUUCUUCUUUAUUAACGGCAGAUCAUUGACCAUUGUAAAAUACAAAAAAAAGCAAUAUGUUUAGAAUCUGGAUAUGAGUAAGCUAUAUAAAGAAUCGUCAUGCCGAGACUCUAAACAAACAAUAUACAAGUUAACAUCCAAAAUACUAUGUGCAUGUAAACAUAGUCCAUAAUGACAAAUGAAGAAAAAAACUAAGAAAACGGCGGCUUAUUGUUGUGUUUUUGUUCAAUUUUCUUUUUGUUUUGCAUCAUGUCAGUUCGAUGCUUUAAGCUUAUGUUCAAUUUUGUUGACUGCCGAUCAGUAUUUUAUAUGUAUGUUUUUAAUCACUAGAGGACAAAAUGUAGAAAAAAACAACGAGCUGUUAAGAGCUCAAUAUAAGCUUAAAUAUUUGAAUGUCAUAUUUUUUUUUUGUGAUUUCAUUAAAUCAAAAUUGAUUGGUUUGUCUUCCCAACAGUAUGCACAGCAGCUGGUCAGAUUGUAUUUUUUAUGCCAUUUAUUUUUUUUCAAGGCUCCAAUGUCGUCACAUUUAAAGAAAAAAAAGAAAUAGUGUACAUGUUGUUAAGAUGAAUGCUAGGCUAGCUUUAAGCUCCCUUUAUUAUGAUAUCUGUGUAUCUGUAUCUGCAAGCUACAAUCAAUGGAAAGAAUAUAUAUGUGGAAAAAAACACAUGCUAGAUUAUGGAGAAAAGUAUGUUUAAAGUGCACUUAAUAUGAGUAUUUUCUGUGUGUAUGUGUGUAUCAAAGCAUCAAUUAACACCAAACUCCCACCACUAAAUUGACAUAUGUUGUUCAUUUUGGUCUAUUGGCUUCGUACUGCUGAUGCAGAGGUGCUUCUCUCUCUCUCUAGAUGGUGUUAGUGUUAUAUUAUUCGGCUUUUUUUUUAUAUCCAGCUAAUAAAACCACAUGUUAAACA